GAACUAAAAAACAAAAAUACUAUGAACAACUCUAUGAAGAAUCUUGAAACAAUGAACACAGAAGAUGAAAACAUUUUAAUGCAAAAUAAAAUAACAUCAGACAUAGAGAUGUUAACAAGCAACGAUAAACAAGAAAGUCAAUUAAAAUAUCAAACAGAAUUAACUGAAGACAAGCCAAAUAUGAAACACAAAAACAUACUAGUGAACUUACUUGCAAAUUUGUAUAACAAUGUAUGGGCAAACAAUACUGAUCCUAUAUAUAAAGAAAACAAACAAGGUUUUACAGUGGUUUCCAGAAAAAAGCAUAAAAAUAAAAGCAGAAUCACAAUUCCAAAAGUGGAAGAACUACAGUUCUAG